AUUCCCACCACCCCGACCUCUAAUCUCUCGCUAUAUAUAGAAGGUGAAGGGAGAGGACGAGAGUGUUCUACAAGGAGUGGAUAAUAAAAGCUCUUGCCUUUUUUCGCUUCCUCUUCGUCGCGUUCUCUUGCCCUAAUCCCCCCGAUCAGCGUACGCACAAGUUUGUACAAGCGAGCAAAGCUCUGUCCGUAGAUCUCUCGGAUUCUUAAGAGCCAAGUGUUCAUGUCUGAUCUCGACAUCCAGAUCCCAACUACCUUCGAUCCGUUUGCAGAGGCAAAUGCUGAGGACUCUGGGGCGGGAGCGGGCGUUAAGGAGUACGUCCACAUCCGCAUACAGCAGCGGAACGGACGCAAGAGCCUGACCACUGUGCAGGGCCUCAAGAAGGAGUUCAGCUACAACAAGAUACUGAAGGACCUCAAGAAGGAGUUCUGCUGCAAUGGUACUGUUGUCCAGGACCCUGAGCUUGGACAGGUCAUUCAGCUUCAAGGUGACCAGCGGAAGAAUGUUUCCAAUUUCCUUGUUCAGGCUGGCAUCGUGAAGAAGGACCACAUCAAAAUUCAUGGUUUCUGAGCGGAGCUGCUGCUGACUACAAAAUUGCAGGGGCCGGAAGUGUUAAGUUCAACUACAACUACUAAGCUUACGAUCACUACGCGUGCAUGGUUUUAAUUUUAUGCAAAACUGUACUUCCUACUAGAUGGCUUGUUCCAAGUUUAAGAAGCGGUGCUAUAAUAAGACUCUUAAUAUGAGUUGUAUACACUAUGUUUGCUAUUAUUGUCUCGACAAGUUUGUUCUUAGUUGCUAUUGCUGUGCGCCUUUUCUGGUUGUAGGUGAUGUUAUAUUUUUGGCGUAUCGCGAUGUUUAGAUUGAAAUCAUUUGGAUUGAGAGAUUGUUCUCCGAAAGAUUCAAAAAAUUGGGAGGAAAAAUGAUGAGUUGUUAAAUAGACAGGUGCCACAAAGAAUGUAAUCCUAUAUGUAACUGCAGAUCUUUUGGAGCUGGAAUGUGGCUUGUCCACUUUGCUCGUGGAUCAUCAAA